UCUGUAAUUUUCUAGCCGUUAUACAAUAAACUUCAAAAAGCUCUAACGGCCAAAUCCCACCUACAAUAUAAAUUUUCAAAAUCCUUCGCUAUCUUCAAAAGAAAUUCUACCGUCAAACUCCGAAAUGGCUUCCUCUAAGCUAAGAAGCUCAUGCUCUUUCCCAAAUCUUCUCCUCUCAUGCUUAAAUUUUACUCUCUUUAUCCUCGCCUCAGCCUCUGUUGCUCCUAUAAUUCUCCUAAAAAUGCCACCAACUUCAUUAGGUUUUGCAUUCCUUAUGGUUUCUUGCAUUUCUCUUCUCUCCUCUUUCGUCGGCUUCUAUUCACAGCUAACUCACUUAUGUUUCAUAACACAUAUUUCACUGCUCUUUGCUUCUUUAAUUGGACAAAUACUAAGUAUACUGGCCUUGUUCACGAGAGAAAGAUCAAGUCUUUUAAUGCUCAAGUCCCCAAGAGACCCUAAAGAAGCAAAGCUGUUAGUGAGAUUGGAAUGUGGGGUUUUAAUGGCAAUGCUUAUAAUGCAAAUGGUGGUUUUAGCUUUAACCUGUGCUGUUCAUAACUGCUGGGUUAGAGAUUAUGCAGAUUUGGAGGCAGAAAGAGAGGCCACAGCUAAAAAGAGGAGUAGAAGGAUUGCAAGAGUGCAAGAAGAAUCAUUGGCAAAUGCUGCUAAAAUUGCCGAGAUUAAAGCCAAGGAGUUUGAUGACAAAAUGAAGAGCAAAUAUGGGAUGUGGGUGAAAAAUGAUUUUGAAGGAUAAACCCUAAUUUAAUUUUUAGGUCAAAUAAUCUUUCUAUUUGCUUUGUUGGCUUUUAACUUUUUUAUUUUUGGUCACCAUUGUGGUGGCCACUGUACUGUAUUUUCCAGUCAAAAUUCAUUAAUAUUAUCAUCUGCUGUGUUCUAUAAUCAGAUGAGUUGGCUGCUAAAAA